UUUUCCUACUUUUAACGAGAGAUAAAUAAUCUGGCCUCGAACCACUCGUCGCCCCCAAAUCGUUCUCUCCCAAAUCAAAGAAAUUAGGGUUAGGGUUUUCAUUUCCCCCAAAUUCGAUCCCUCUUCUCUCGUAGCCGCCACAAUCGACGAUGACAGGCAAGGCGAAGCCGAAGAAGCACACGGCGAAGGAGCUCCAGGCGAAGGCCGAUGCAGCGUUGACCAAUAGAGGCGGAGGAAAGGCGGGACUCGCCGACAGGACCGGUAAGGAGAAAGGUGGUCACGCUAAGUACGAGUGUCCUCACUGCAAGAUCACUGCACCUGAUCUCAAGACGAUGCAGAUCCAUCACGAAUCGAAGCAUCCUAAGAUGCCUUACGAGGAGCCGAGGAACCUCCACGAGGCUUUAGCUGCACCUGAAUCGUCCAAACCCAAACCCGGAAUAAGAGGAAGCCUGAAGAAGUGAUUCGGAUUGUGUCUGUGUGUUGUUCGUAUCGAAUUCCUUAUAAAAAUUUGUCAUCUUUUUUUAUGGGUUUCAAGUUGUUGAUGUGAGAAUAUAAACUGCAAAUGAUGCUAUCUUAUAAAGUAAUCUAUUUCUAACUUAUUGCCUUUU